AUGUACGUGGCCAUUUACAACAUAGGGAAGAAGAAAAACAUCGGGAGCAUCGUACGCAGUUGCGUUGCCUUCAGGGUCAGCAAAAUAUUCGUCGUCAGUCGAAAAAAAAACCAAGUGAAUUUCUUUGGCCACAUGGGCACAUGUGAAUACAUAACGAUUGAGUACUUCUCCAGCAUGAAGGAGCUGAAGACCCACCUGCGCGACAAUGGCAUUUUAUUAUACGCGUGCGAAAUAACAAGCAGCGCUGUACCUGUGACGAGACGUCCAUUUGAAAAUAAAGAUACGGCCUUUUUAUUUGGAAAUGAGGGGACAGGAAUAAAUGAUGAAACGCUCAGCUAUUGUGAUAAAGUCGUUUACAUCCCUCAGUAUGGCAACGGCACUUGCUCUCUGAACGUGUCCGUUUCGUGUGCAAUCAUUUUGCAUCACUUUGCUGUGUGGGCGGAUUAUCCCGAGGUGGGAAUUUCGGGGAAAAAAUUUGUCCUCAACAAAUGCGCAACUAAAUUGGAGCGAUAUUUAAACCCUUCGGAUGACUUGCUCCGCCAGAUUAGUGAGAAGCGCGCACAGCGCGCGGCGACCAAGCUGGCCUCCCCCGACUGGGCGGCCCCCCACUUUGCCGACCCCUCCCCGGACCUCUUCCCCGGUUAA